UGGGACCUCGUUUUGUAGUGCUAAUACUAUAUACACAACUGGUAAGUAAAAAUGUAACGAUUCGUUGUCAUCCAUCUCAUUUGAGAUACUAUGAAACACAUCAAAUCAUAUCAUCCACCCAUCAAGAAUGAGCUAGAUACAGGUAUCAUCCAUCCAGGAUACAAACAGUCAAAAGUCAAUCCACACUCUAUAAAUAAUACACAUAUAUAUAGACACCAAGGCCGUUCAAUCAUACUCCCCCCACCAAAUAAUACACACGGAACUCCGUCGCCACCCUCUGCUUGCUAAUCGAGUAACUUCAUUAACAAUCGGUACCACGCCUCCCAAACGAGUAAAGCAAUCGAUACCCC